AUGUCGAACGCGAUUCCACUGACGCGCCUAGGCGGAAAAGCCUUCAAUCACAGCGCGAACAACGAUGCCGAGGCCGAGUAUGACCGGCUGCGCGACCUCGCGCGUGAGGAGGCCAAGAAGCGCAAUGACUGUUUCGAUAGGUCCCACAAGGCAUACGAGCGCGGCGACGGCGCCGAAGCCAAGGAGCUGAGCAACGAGGGCAAGCGACACGCGGCCAAGAUGGACGAGUACAACAAGCAGGCGUCGGACUACAUCUUCCGGGAGAACAACGCGACCGGGCGCGUUGCCGACGACACCAUUGACCUGCACGGCCAGUUUGUCGAGGAGGCCGAGGACAUACUCGAGCAGCGCAUCCGCUACGCCCAGCAGCACGGCCAGACGCAUCUGCACGUCAUUGUCGGCAAGGGCAACCACUCGGCAAACCACGUUCAAAAGAUCAAGCCCCGCGUCGAGCGUGUCUGCCAGGAGCUCGGCCUUCAGUACUCCACCGAGGAGAACGCCGGCCGCAUCUACGUCAACCUCCAGGGCGGCAGUGCCGCGUCGCCGCCGCCCCCCUCCCAGCCUUCCGGACACCAGGGUGGUGGCUCUUACGCUGGCGGACAUCAACAGUCGCAACCGCACCACAGUGGUCAGCAACACCAUGGUGGGCAGAGUCAGUACCCUGGUAGUCAGCAGCAACACCAACAGCCACAACAACAACAUGGUGGCCAGCAGCAGCAACAAGAGGAUGGCGAUAUUGCUGAGAAGAUUGUCAAGAAGAUGCUUGUCAAGCUGGAGAAGGCUUGUUGUGUGAUGAUGUAG